GAUGCACGAACCGUGCCGAACCGAGUCUUCUCUGGCAUUAACCACUUACCUUUCUCCCUCUUAUUGCAAAUCCAGCACUGCUAGGUAAUAAAUACAGACCUACACAUUGUGUCCUGCUAGAAACAGUCAGGAAUCAGACGAGAUGGCUUCAGCUGCCCCGCAGGAUACCCCGCCAUGGUGGACAGCGUUCCCCGAGGCACAGGCAACAUGCCCCCGAGUGGAAGUUUCCGAGGUUGCGACUCUCCUCGAGGCCAAUUCGGCGGCAGGCUCAGGUACAACGAGAGAUUUCUUGCUGGUGGACGUCCGCCGGACGGACUGGGAGGGCGGCACUGUCGCCACCUCCAUCAACCUCCCCGCUCAUACCUUCUACCAGACUCGAGCCGUGAUCUACCAGCUUUGCAAGCAGGCAGGCAUUCGAAGAAUCAUUUUCUACUGCGGAAGCUGUGGAAGCAGAGGCCCACGCUGUGCCGGGUGGAUGCAAGACUACCUCAACGAGGUGGGGGAGACCGGCAUCAAAGCCGAAAUCCUUGCUGGGGGCAUCAAGGGGUGGCAGAAGGCGUACGGGGGAAGAUUGAUGGACUCAUACGACGAGAAAACCUGGGCAGAACAGGGCAAAUAG